UAAAUUAAAGUGUCAUCAUCGAACCAGAUCAAAAGUUUUUACUACAGCUGACGAUUUCUUACGAAAAAGACGAUAUCCCAGUACGGGAUAAAUAUUUUUGCCGACGCUAUCCUGUCAUUGGAUAGAGAUUUGCCGACGAUAUCUCUUUAAGGGAUAAAUUUGUGCCGACGAUAUCCUUUUAUGGGAUACAGAUUUGCCGACGAUAUUUUCAACGGGAUAAAUCUUUGCCGACGAAAUAAUUGACCGGAUACAGUUUUGCCGACUAGAUCACUUUCUGGAUAUUGUUUGACGACGACAUUAAUUGUUGACUGUUUUUAUUUACAUCAGAUAACUAGAAUCUCAGUGUACAAAAGUGAUUAACAUAGAAAAAAAUGAGGAAAUGACUACAGAUUGUUGAACAUUUUGUGAUACAUAAGGCGUCUUUUCUUAUUGCUUAUUACAACAUUUUCUAUCAAAUAUUUUAGGAAUAGUAAAUGAACAUGUCAGAAACAUUGAUAUGAUGCAGCCAAAAAUCGGUAUAUGACCUUUCCACUAUUGAAACAUCGAUGAAAGGAAUCGAGACAACGCGCUUUUAGGUUGCAACUAUUGUCUCUUGUGAAAUAUUUUAACACAAUUCCAGCGUGGAAUACAAUUCAAAGACUAAACCUUCUUCGUUAACUUUUUCCUCACCUUUUGACAUAAUAUUCGUGCCAGGAAUUUAUUUAUUCUAAUUUUCGGGUAUAACAAUCAUCGGUAUUGGAACUUAAAUAAUAUUUUCUGUAUCGACCUUGUCAGUCACAAACACCAUAUAGAAGUAUAAUUCAGAUACUAGAAAACUGCGAACUGAUUCAACCCCACAAGAUGCCAGAUAUAUCAAUGUAGAAAGCUGAUGAAAAGGAACACAAGAACUAAAGAAGUAUUUUCUCUGAGUGAAGGAUUUAUCAGCGUAUUUGAGAGCGAACAGAAUGUCUUUCUCGUUGGAAGUUAAUCCGUAUCUGGUCUUGGCUUUCCUCGGAAUGUGCGUUGUCUUUAUAUACAGAUAUAUGGUAGAGACAUACUCUACGCUUGAGAAGCUUGGUAUACCAGGACCUAAACCUGUCUGGAUAUUUGGCAACGUUCUGGAGUUCAAAGGAAAGAAUGUAUUGCAUGUGUUCGAUGACUGGAAAAAGAAAUUCGGAGAUGUGUAUGGAUUUUACGAAGGCUUUCGACCAGGCAUUGUUGUCAAUGACGUCGACUUUGCCCGAGACAUUCUCAACAGACAUUUCGAAAAAUUCUAUAUCCGCACUAGUUAUCGCCCCUUCGUGUAUUAUCCGGAUAACCUCCGCCUUAUUGAAAUAGACGGAGAACAUUGGAAAAAUCAACGUGCUGUGUUAAAUAAGUUGCUGAAUUCUACGGGUAUUUUAAAACAGGUUGUUCAGAAAAUGCGAAUUUCCUCAAACAGAAUGCUGCAUCAAAUGUCAGAGGAAUUGAAAAAUGCAAAGGAAAAUGAAGGAAUAAACAUUUCAAAGGUAAUAGAUAGUUACGUGUCAGAAGGUGUCAUGCGUAUUGUAUUGGACAUGGAUGAAGAACAGCUUGCGAAGCAUCACGAUUCUAUAUAUAACUACGAGAUUGCCAGUAAUUGGUCAGCAUCAGCGGAAAACGAAGCUAGUGGUUUAGCACGUUUAUUUCCAAGUUUGACACCACUACUGAAACUUGCAGACAAGAAACAUAGAGAGUCUCAUGAAGAAGUAGUAAACAUUCUCAGAGAAUAUCUGAAUAAUACUCUUACUGGUCAGAACAACAAUAAAUUGAAAGACGGUGACCAUGUCAGCUUAUUAUCUUUUCUUCUCUCCUCCAAAGUGCUCUCUCGGGAUAUUGACGGAAGUCUUUUCCGUCGGGGGUUGACGACGGACGAGACAAUAGCUCAUAUAACGUCAUUUUUGAGCGAGAUGUAUUCAACGACGACGGCGGCCAUACAGUUCAUUUUAUAUGAACUUGCGUGUAACCAACACUGCCAAGAUAAACUUUACGACGAAAUCCACCGCAUUUGCGGGAAGGAUGGAAAUUUCUCAUUGGCGGAGUUACAAAAGUUGGAAUAUUUGGACAUGCUCUUCAGUGAAACAUACCGUCAUCAUCCUGUCGCUCCUGGUUUGUCACGUGUCUGUUCGGAAAGCUGUACAAUAAGGGGCGUGACGUUUAAGAAAGGCAUGGUAGUCCGCGUCAUGACGAGUCCAAUGUACAACGACGAACAAUUAUUUCAGGACCCGGAUAAGUUCAUUCCGGAAAGGUUUGCCAGACAAAAUAGACUAGAAAGUAAUCAAUACAGUUUUCUUCCAUUUGGGCAAGGUCCAAGAAUGUGUCCUGGACAAAAGCUAGCAAUGAUAAAAGUGAAAACUGCAAUUAUAGACAUUAUAAGAAACUACACGUUAACAACUUGCAAAAAUACCGAGAUUCCUCUCAAAGAAGCGUUACGCCCCUCUUUGACACCAGCAAAUGGAGUUUGCAUUACAAUGAGUAGACGAUUUUGAAGUUUGUAUAAUGCGCCUAUUGUGAAUCUCAUUCAUGUAUACUGGAUACGAUCUCAGCCAAUUAACUUAUGUCUGUAUAUCAAUUGUAAUACUCAUGAUAUAAACAUAAUGGACAUUGCAGAGAGGUUCCUAAAGAAACAUACUUAACAUGUUGAAGUGCUUACAAGAUUUGAAAAAAAUGGAACUUCUGUUCAUGCUAAUGAAUAAAAACGUUAGAAUAUUGUAAGGACGUUUUCAAUUUUAGUCCAGAUAGUUUAAAUCUGGUAUACAACGCUGAGGGUGUUCACCUCUAAGAUUACAUACUGUUUGCUAUGAAAAUGUGGUUCAAAGUAGUUAACUGAUAGAUGUUUGUUGUAAAUGUAAUUUUGAUGUAUAUCUAUUAUUCCAGGUAGUUAUAUACAUUACUGCAAACAGAUAAUAUCGUUUGCUAUCGUGAUAAAUUUUCAUCUAAAUUACAUACGUGUUCUUGUAACGCCUUAAGUUUUGUUUAGUGUAAAAUUUAUGUUAGAUUUUGCUUAGAUCCUGUUGAGUUUUAAAGUCACAAUUUUAGAUAAUGUGGCAACUUUGUAGCAUUUGAUGACAAAGGAAGACCUCAUGUGCUCCCGGGCAUUAUUUCAUUUGAGCGGGCACCUUCAGGUUGGUAGAAACACUCCACUGGGUGGUGUCCUCGGCGAAAUAAUUUGUGAGGUCUAUAACCCACAGCGGGGUGGGGCAAGAAGUGAUUUGAAGUCAGAGAACAUGGAAGCCAGUGACCUUAAUGACUUGGCGAAGGAGGCCCCGCAGUAUCCUAAAACAUAAUAUAUGUUGUAAUGGAUGUUUGAAGUAUCUGAAACAAUCUAAGUGACAGAUGAUAUAUAAAUGAUUCAGUAACUUUAAACUAAUAUCAUUUAUAAAAACACAGUAAAAAUGGAAACCGAGAAAGUGAAAUAGAUAUAAAUUGCGUAGAAUGGUUAAAGUCAGCUAGUUACAAAUGCAUAGAAAAUUGCAAAAAACAGUAUAAAACUAAUAAUCGAGAAUGGAUAAAGUCAAAUCGUUACAAUAUGCGGCAUUCAUGCAACAGUGUCAGUGUUAACCCUUAGCUUGCUGCAGGCGAAUUUAACAGCCUUUGCAAACAGCUUGGAACCAGAUCAGACGCCGAUUAAAUCGGCGUCUGAUCAGGUUCCAAGCUGUUUGCUACUCUGACAAUAUUUCUUCCAAUUUUGGAGCAAAUUGAAUGAACUUUACAAUUUUAGCAGACGACAUUUCCAGCAGACGACAGUUUAUCUAGCAUGCUAAAGGUUAAUGAACAUCCGGUGCACGUGUAUGUACCGUGCAAGUAUGUAAGUUUGAUAACGCCUAUAACAAAGUAUCAAGCUUACGUCGUUAGUAUUCCCACAAAUAAGAGCAACACUUGUGAAUGGAUUUGUAAUAAGAGUCAUUCAUUGGAAAUGUGUUUUUGACUGUGAUAGUUUAUUAAAGUUUGUGAUGUAUUUUCGUUAAGUUAUAAAAUGACUGCUGAUUAUAAUGUUAUAUGUGAACUGGUGUAUAAAUGGAGAGAUAUCUAUUUACCUAGUCCACCUGCCCAGUGCUGGUUUCUUAGACAACUAAAAAAUUGUAAAAUGUGAAAUAAAAUUUCUAAACUAAAA